AUGUAUCAGCCCUCUGCAUACAUCCCCAAGACCUCUGCGCAGAAAAGGGAAGAAGCAGAGAUGGAAGAGAAGAAGAAUUCGCUUUUGUCGAUCUUUCUGACGCCUGACGCAAAGGAGCGACUCAGGCGUAUUGAAAUUGUCAGUCCAGAGCGUGCCAGCAGAGUUGAGGCGAUCUUGCUUCAGCAGAUGCAGAGAGGGCAGCUAUCUCCUCAAUCUGUGUCUGAUGACAUGCUCAAAGGCCUUCUGGAGCAACUCACAGAUGUACAUACCAGGGGACUUGUCGUAGGAGGCAUUGACGUGGCAGACGAGGCUACCGGAUCCGGGAGGGUGAUAAUUUCACGCAGAGGUGCCGACGCCUUUAUGGGGGUCGGCGAUUCAACUAAUCUUCAGACUAAAUCUGACGACGAGGAGCUUUCAUUCUAA